GUCCUGCUGCUGGCCGGCGGGCAAGGCACUCGCCUGGGCGUGACCUACCCCAAGGGCAUGUAUCGUGUGGGGCUGCCCAGCCGGAAGACCCUGUACCAGCUGCAGGCGGAGCGGAUUCGGCGGGUGGAGCAACUGGCCAGCGAGCGCCACGGGACCAGCUGCACCGUGCCCUGGUACAUCAUGACCAGCGAGUUCACCCUGGGGCCCACAGCCGCCUUCUUCAAGGAGCACGACUUCUUCCACCUAGACCCCGCCAACGUGGUCAUGUUUGAGCAGCGCAUGCUGCCUGCGGUGACCUUCGAUGGCAGGGCCAUCCUGGAGCGGAAAGACAAAGUUGCCAUGGCCCCAGAUGGCAACGGGGGCCUGUACUGCGCAUUGGCGGACCACCAGAUCCUGGAGGACAUGGAGCACCGUGGAGUGGAGUUUGUGCACGUGUAUUGCGUGGAUAAUAUCUUGGUGCGGCUGGCCGACCCCGUCUUCAUAGGCUUCUGUGUGCUGCAGGGUGCUGACUGUGGCGCCAAGGUGGUAGAAAAGGCAUACCCAGAGGAGCCCGUGGGCGUGGUGUGCCAGGUGGACGGUGUGCCCCAGGUGGUGGAGUACAGCGAGAUAAGCCCUGAGACAGCGGGGCUGCGCGCCCCCGACGGGGGCCUUCUCUACUGCACUGCCAACAUCUGCAACCACUUCUUCACCAGAGGCUUCCUCCAGAGGGUGACCAGGGAGUUUGAGCCCUUGCUGGAGCCACAUGUGGCUGUGAAGAAGGUCCCGUACGUGGAUGAGGAGGGAAAUCUGGUAAAGCCGCUAAAGCCGAAUGGGAUUAAGAUGGAGAAGUUUGUGUUUGACGCGCUCCGGUUUGCUGAGAACUUUGUUGCUUUUGAAGUGCUACGGGAGGAGGAGUUCUCCCCGCUAAAGAACGCCAGUUCGGCUGACAGGGACAACCCCUCCACCGCGCGGCGGGCGCUGCUGGCUCAGCACUACCAGUGGGCUCUGCAGGCUGGGGCCCGCUUCCUGGAUGCAGAUGGGGCCCAGCUUCCCGAGCUGCCCUGCUUGCCCCAAAAUGGAGAUCCUCCGGCCAUCUGUGAGAUAUCACCCUUGGUAUCUUACUCUGGAGAGGGCUUGGAAGUGCACCUGCAAGGCCAGGUGUUCCCAUCCCCGCUUAUCCUGGAUGAGGACCAGGCCAGGGUGCUGCGGCCACAGAAGUCCUGACUCGCUCCCAGACCUGCCACCCUAGGGUCCUCUGCUUAGGAAAGCAGGGUGCUGUGCAUUCCCAGCCUGUGGAACACAGAGGGAAAUGCUCAGGUUUACUCCACGAGGGCGGGACCUCUCCUGUCACCCACGGACACAAGAGACCGUUGGCCUGCUGCGGGAUCCAGCUGGGAGGCAGAGGGACUUGGGAACUCAGAGAAUGAGGCUGAGAGGAGGCUUUGGGGUGGGGCCUGAGGGACGGGCGUCGUCUGGGAAGAGCAGCCGAGGGGACUUCCCUGUGGAAGCUAGCGCUGGCCAACAGACGUCCACUGUAUUCUCAGCUGAGGAUGAGCAGGCGCCACUGCCACAGCCAAGACACCGUUCUGCAGACCACAGAGGAGGAAACGGAACGAGGUGAACAGGUCUCAUUCCUUCACAGGGGGCAUGUUCGAAGGUCCUGGUUGGCAGCCGAACCAGUAACUGGGGGGUCACAGCUAAUCCCUCCACCCAUCCUGCAUGCCCAGCCAAGGCCAACAGCAGGGACCCACAGUCCACGAUAAAGGUUGGCUCCGUGAGCAGCUGGGCGCAUGCCAGAGACGCCUGCCGCCUUCUCUGUCUCUCCCCAAGGCCUCGGCCUCUCAGCCACACCUGUGGUGGGUUUCCAUUGCUGAGUUGUACGCGCUUCCCCCAAGAACCAGGGGACCCGUACCAGUG